AUGUCGGGUGAAUCUCCCCUCGAGUUCAAGGGUGUCCUGGAGGGACAUACCGAUUGUGUUACGGCCAUUUCGACGCCCUCUCUGAAAUCCAACACAAUCGUUUCCUCCUCCAGAGACCACAAGGUGAUUGUGUGGACUCUGAACGAGAACCCCGAUGACAGCGGCAGCGUCGGCUACGCGCGCCGCGCGCUCACUGGCCAUUCGCAGUGCGUCCAGGACGUCGUCAUCAACAGUGACGCUCAAUUUGCGCUGUCUGGGAGCUGGGACAAAACGCUGCGUCUGUGGGAUUUGAACGUUGGUGUCACCGUCCGCUCCUUCCAAGGCCACACCAGCGACGUCAACUCGGUGGCGUUCAGCCCGGACAACCGCCAGAUCGUCUCUGGGUCGCGAGACAGGACCAUCAAGCUCUGGAACACGCUCGCGGAGUGCAAGUACACCAUCGUGGAUGACCAGCACAACGACUGGGUCUCCUGCGUCCGGUUCUCCCCCUCCGCGAACAAACCUCUGAUCGUGUCUUGCGGCUGGGACAAACUGGUCAAGGUGUGGAACUUGAGCAACUGCAAGCUGCGCACGAACCUCGUCGGGCACACAUCUGUGCUGUACACAGUCACCAUCUCCCCCGACGGUUCUCUCUGCGCCUCCGGAGGCAAGGACGGCGUCGCCAUGCUCUGGGAUGUGAACGAGGGCAAACACUUGUACUCUCUCGACUCGAACUCGACUAUCAACGCCCUUUGCUUCUCCCCCUGCAACUACUGGCUGUGCGCUGCUACCGACAAGUCUGUCAAGAUCUGGGAUUUGGAAAACAAGAAUGUCCUCUCCGAAAUCACCCCCGAGAAGACCAACCGCAGCGGAGCGCCGUGGUGCACUUCGCUCAACUGGUCUCACGACGGCCGCACGCUGUUUGUCGGUACCUUCACCGGUGCUAUCAACGUCUAUGAAGUGUCCUCAGAGCAAGUGACUGCUUAA